CGCCUGACCGCCCCACGAUAACAGUCCGGUUUGACCUAUUGGAAACCGUCUACACUGUUCUACAUAUAGAGUGUGUUGGGCUUUGCUGCACACACAAACAUUCUAACUGCCUGCACCCCGGGUGCUGUUCUUUGAGCAUGUCACAAGAAAUUGAGCGUCCGCUCUCGCAGGGCUCGCUUGCUCCCCCAGUCGAAAUCUCAGGGCCUGCUACUCCCAUCAAACGGGCAAGCCUAUCCGCAUCGCCAGAAUUGAGCGUCAAAGCUGGAAGCCAGGCUUCUAAUUCAAGUCAGAGCAAAUUUCUUUCACCCGCCUCUCUAUCUUCAUCGGACAUGACACCACCACCAUCAUCCCAAAUUCCCGGAGCCCCGUUGCGAGAAUCGAGGUCGAGAUCAAGCUCCUACCUGGCAUCCCCACCAAAUAUUGAAAAAACCCUCUGUGUAGCAUACGGCGCCUCGGAGAACCUGCCAACUGCCGACGAAAUUGACAAUGCUGAUGAGUUUAAGCUUCGCAUGAUUGCUAAAGACCUCUUAGGUGUGGCUCAGGAAGCGCGCAUGUCAGCGCUCCAUUUCAAAUUGCAGAAUAGCCUGCUUUCAUUCACAAGUAAUGAAGCGAUCAAACGUGCAGAAGUCGAGCAUCAACUUGCGCGAAGGGAAGUUGAGAUUCUUCAGAGCUCGGAAUAUCGCAGCCGCCAUUACCAACAUGAAAUCAAGCCCAUGCAGCCCAUGUCCAAUGUGGAGCUUGAGCUUUCCCUCAAGCGCAAUCAGGAACUUGAAAGGGCCAAUGCCACACUCGAUCGAAGGCUUCGCCGGGCGAAAAAGCUUAUCGAGCAGGAGAGAGACACGUCAGAGCUUCUGAGAGAGGAAAACAGAAUGCUGAAAGAGCGAAUUCGAGACAAUCGAAAGCAUUUCUCCAGGAUGAUCGAGCAUGGCCCAAUGUCGCCAAGUCCCCAUAAUGAGGCUCAAACUCCGCAUAGACGGGCUAUACCUCAUUUCGCUGAGAAUGGUAGUCACCAAUUGAACGAAAAUGAAAGCCAUAACCCAUUUGAAGCUCUUCUGGCGGCAGACCGCGUCCUCAAUCGAGAGUCACCUGCUGUCACCUCAACUCCGUAUAGGCAACGCCAUCACAGGGAACGUGCGAACCGUCACAUGCGCGGCGCUCAUUCUUUGUCGUCUUUGCCUAUGACCCCAUCACAGCCUCGGCUGGCGCACGGCGAGAGCCGAGUCUACACCCCAGGGGCAGAUUCUCUUGACGAUCGUCGUGAUCGAGACAGUACCAUCUCAGCAUCUGAUAUCGAAGAGGCUGAGACUGAGGAGGAAGUUCCCACUUCAGAAACACGUACUGUACCCGGUAGCGUGCAUCGUCGCAGCCAUUUCAACAAUCAACACGAAAGUCGAGGCGUGGCGAGUGCUGCGAAAUCGAGUACACUGUUGCAGACAAAACUGUUCGGCCAAGUCAGGAAGCCCGGCGUCGAUCGGCCCCUGAGUUGUAGUCUCAAACGCAAAGCAAGUUUUGAUGGUGUGACCCCGAAGAAAUCAAAAGCGGAGGAGAGGGUGGGUCUCGGUAUUGGCACCUGGAACAAUUAGACCAAGCAAUACCCGUGCACAACGACGAAGCGUCGCGAUUCUGCCAGACCAUUAUCAGUCCUGGUAUCCUGCCUGCCGUCCAUGAAAUGAGAGCUACGCUUUUCCGUGUCUGCCAUUCAGCUGAUCGUGUUGAACCUUUCUUUCUGCAUAAACACCCGUUUCCAAUGAGAUGGAAAAGUAAUGAGUGAUGACUUGUAAAGAAAUCAAUGAGACUGGUGUUGCCUAAGGGCCGUUCUGCAGCUUGUUAUCUUUUGGGAUCUUAUCUCCCCAGGUUUUGUCAUCGAUAUUCUUGCUUUGGCUUUCAAGCAUCUUGUAAAGGUGCUUGUUUCAGGAGUUUCUAGGAUGUUUUUAGCGGUAGUCGAAAGCUAAUGAAGAUUCUACAUAGGCUGGAAUAGAUUGACUUUUACGUCUUUAAUGAUAUUGCCACAAGGACA